CACUCUCAUUGAGAGCGGAGAGACAGGAGGGAAUGACAGGACUGUCAUCUGUCUAAAGAAAAUUAAAAAGCACUUCUACUGUUCCUGAUGUUUUUAACCUUUCGUUUGGCAACACAUCGCAGUUCCUAGACAGAGGUACAUCUCUGAGCCAGUAGAGGAGGAUUUGUCUCACUAAGGAUUAAACCCAUAUCUCCAGUAUCUUCAAACAGUUUGAACAAUCACGCCAGUAGGAAGAGUCAAAGAACAAAUCAUCAUGGGGACGCGACGCCUGCUACUGGCCUGUGUGGCAGUAGCCAUGUUAGUUCAUCUCUCUAGUGCUGGCCUGGUGAAAAGAGUAAUUAGACACAGAAGAGAAUCACUGUCACCAACCACUGAGAACUUGACCCUCCCAAGUCCUGAUCAGCCUGUGGUUUUUAACCAUGUAUACAACAUCAACGUUCCCUCUGGAUCACUGUGCUCUGUGGACUUGGAUUCACCUGGAACAACACAAUUGAAGCCAAAAUCGGCCAAUCUGCAAUCUGACCAACACAUAGAACACACCACAGAUGGAGAGAAUCAGAUUGUUUUUACGCAUAGGAUUAACAUUCCCAAGCAAGCUUGUAGUUGUGAUAACCACAUGCCUGACCUGAAGGAUCUUCUGAAUAGGCUUGAAAUGCUGGAGGCAGAGGUAUCCAGUCUAAGAGAGCAGUGCACCAGUGGAACAAGCUGUUGUGGUGCUCAGGUUACAGCAGGUGAAGUCACAACCAAACCCUACUGCAGUGGCCGUGGCAACUACAGCACUGAGACCUGCAGCUGUGUGUGUGAGCCCAGUUGGAAGGGAGUCAACUGCUCUGAGCCAGAAUGCCCAAACUUUUGCCAGGAUCAAGGCCGUUGUGAAGACGGCAAGUGUGUCUGCUUCGAGGGCUUCGGCGGUGAGGACUGCAGCAUCGAGCUGUGCCCUGUGGAUUGCGGUGAGAAUGGAGAGUGCAUCGACGGAGCUUGCAUCUGUGCAGAGGGCUUUAUCGGUGAGGACUGCAGUUUGACCAACUGCCUAAACAACUGCCUUGGCAGGGGGCGCUGUGUGGAUGACGAAUGUGUAUGUGAAGAGCCUUGGACGGGCUUUGACUGCUCCGAGCUCAUCUGUCCCAAUGACUGCUUCGACCGUGGCCGCUGUGACAAUGGAACCUGCUAUUGUGAAGAGGGCUUUACUGGGGAGGACUGUGGGGAGCUUACCUGCCCCAAAAACUGCAACCACCAUGGCAGGUGUGUCAACGGACAGUGCGUCUGCAAUAUUGGCUACAGCGGAGAUGACUGCUCCAAGUUAACCUGCCUCAAUGACUGCAGUCAGAGAGGGCACUGCUUCAACGGGAAGUGCAUAUGUGACCCUGGGUUCGAGGGCGACGACUGCAGCAUUCUUUCCUGCCCUGACAACUGCAAUGACAGGGGACAGUGCAUAAAUGGUGAGUGUAUUUGUGAUGUUGGGUAUGAAGGUGAUGACUGCUCUGAGCUUUCUUGCCCCAAUAACUGUCACGAUCGUGGCCGAUGUGUCAACGGGAAAUGCAUUUGCAAAAGAGGCUUUACUGGAGAAGACUGCAGUAUCAAGACCUGUCCCCAUGACUGCCAUGGACACGGAGAGUGUGUAGACGGCAAAUGCGUUUGCCAUAAUGGCUUUGCUGGAGAACACUGUGGCAUCAAGACCUGUCCCCAUCACUGCCAUGGACAUGGACAAUGUGUGGACGGCAAGUGUGUUUGCCACCAUGGCUUUGCUGGAGAAGACUGCAGCAUCAAAACCUGUCCCAAUCAUUGCCAUGGACGUGGACAGUGUGUAGAUGGCAAGUGCAUUUGCCAUGAUGGUUUUGCUGGAGAAGACUGCAGCAUCAAAACCUGUCCCAAUGACUGCCAUGAGCGUGGACAGUGUGUGGACGGCAAGUGUGUUUGCCAUGAUGGUUUUAAAGGCCAUGACUGCAGCGAAUUGACUUGCCCCAGUGACUGCCAUAACCGAGGACGUUGUGUAAAUGGCCAAUGUGUGUGUAACAUCGGAUUCACUGGGGAGGACUGUGGUACAAAGACGUGUCCCAACAACUGCCUGGACCGUGGCUACUGUGAAGAUGGAAAGUGUGUCUGCUUUGAGGGGUACACCGGUGAGGACUGCUCUGUUCUGACAUGCCCAGCAAACUGCAGUGACCAAGGCCAGUGUCUGAAUGGAAUGUGCAUAUGUGAUUUAGGCUUCACUGGCGACGACUGCUCUGAAAUCUCCCCACCCAGAGACCUGACUGUGACUGAGGUCGAUCCAGAAACAGCGGACCUUGCCUGGGUCAAUGAGAUGCUUGUGACGGAGUAUCUUAUCACCUAUGUGCCUACGGCUCCUGGUGGCUUGGAGAUGGAAAUGAAAGUCUCUGGUGAAAAGAAGACAGCCACUAUUAGGGAGCUUGAGCCUAGCAUAGAGUACCUAAUUAGUGUCUUUGCUGUCCUGAACAGUAAAAUGAGUGUUCCUGUCAGUGCCAGAAUAGCCACACAUCUUCCUGAACCCGAGGGUCUGAAAUUCAAAUCGGUUAGAGAGACCUCAGUGGAGGUGGAGUGGGACCCCUUGAACAUCCCGUUUGAUGGCUGGAACCUCAUCUUCAGAAACACAAAAGAAGAGGAUGGAGAGAUUUUGAACUCUCUCACCCCUCCUGAGACCACCUUUGAGCAGUCUGGUCUUGGACCUGGACAAGAGUAUGAAGUCAAGCUUGAGGUCGUAAAGAACAACACCCGUGGACCCCCAGCCAGCAAGAACGUUGUCACAAUGAUUGAUGCUCCCAGCCAGGUGGAUGUGCGUGAUGUGACAGACACUACAGCCCUUAUCACCUGGUUUCAGCCUGUCGCUCAGGUGGACGGCAUCUCUGUGUCCUAUGGCCCAAACACAGAUUCCUCAGACAGGAAAACAAUCAAGCUUUCCUCCAUGGAUACACAGUACCAUCUGGCUGAGCUGUACCCUGACACAGAGUAUGAGGUCUCUCUCAUGGCCCGCAGGGGAGAGAUGACCAGCUUUCCAGUCUAUGAGACCUUCACAACAGACCUUGAUGCCCCCAAGCACCUCAAGGCAGUUGAACAGACAGAUGAGAGCAUAACUCUGGAGUGGAAAAACAGCAGAGCCAAUGUCCUCAAUUACCGCGUCAAAUACGGCCCACUUUCUGGAGGAGAGCAUGGAGAACUGGUCUUCCCCAGCGGCCCGCAAGACACCACUCAGGCUAAAAUCACUGGCCUUAGGCCCGGGACGGAGUAUGGAAUGGGAGUGACGUCAAUCAAGGAAGAGCGUGAGAGUUUGCCUGUGACGACCAAUGCUGUGACUGAUCUUGAUGCUCCCAAAGACCUUGAAGUAAGUGAGACCACGGAGACCACAUUGGCACUGGUUUGGAGGAGGCCGGUCGCCAAAAUCGACACCUAUGAGCUGGUGUUCACAUCUGCGGAUGGCACAGAAACUGAAUUGGAGGUACCUGGUGCUGCCAAUACCUACAUCCUGACUGACCUGAAUCCCGGCAUGCUGUACACCAUUAGCCUGACUGCCAAGAAAGGAAGAAAGAUGAGUGUGCCAGCCACUCUGUCAGCAUCCACAGAUGAAGAGAAGCCUCAGGUGGGCAACAUCACCAUCUCUGAUGUGUCCUGGGACAGCUUCAGUGUGUCCUGGGAGCUGGACAGAGGAGAGGUUGAGGGCUUUCUGGUUGAAGUAUCUGACCCAGAUGGCUUAUCUGAUGGCCAAAACCAUACACUAUCUAGCCAGGAGUUCAGCCUGGCUGUCACUGACCUCUCCCCUAGUACUUUCUACAGGGUCAUACUGUAUGGGCUGUACAAGGGAGAGCUCUUAGAUCCUGUCUUUGCUGAAGUCAUCACAGAAGCUGAACCUGAAGUGGAGCAUCUUUCGGUCUCGGACAUCACCCUGCACAGCUUUAAACUGACAUGGACAGCACCAGAAGGCAUCUUUGAUACAUUCACUCUCAAAGUCAUCGAUUCUAACAGACUGGGACAACCUCUCCAGAUCAGUGUAUCUGGAGACAAGCGAACAGAAGCGGUGACAGGUCUCAAUGAAGAUACGGAGUAUGAAAUCGAGCUCUUUGGGAUCAUUUUGGGACGGAAAUUCCAGCCCAUUGUGGCUGUAGCUCGAACAGGUCUGGGAACACCCAAGGGGAUACGCUUUUCUGAUGUGACCGAUACAUCAGCUACUGUUCACUGGACUUUGCCCCUUACCCGAGUAGACAGCUUCCGGGUCACCUACGUGCCCGUUCAGGGUGGAAGCCCUGCGACACUGAGAGUAGAUGGAGGAGAGUCUCAAGCCAUGCUGCCCAAUCUGACCCCUGGAGUAACCUACCAGGUCACUGUCAUCGCUGUGAAGGGCUUGGAGGAGAGUGAACCAGGAUCUGAUAGAGUCACAACAGCCCUGGAUAAGCCACGAGGUCUGACAGCAGUCAACAUCACUGACACUGAAGCUCUGCUGCUGUGGCAGCCGUCCGUCGCUACUGUGGACGGAUAUGUCAUCACUUACAGCGCAGACAGUGUGGCUCCAGUGAUGGAACGGGUGUCUGGGAACACUGUGGAGUUUGAGAUGAGCUCACUCACACCUGCCACCUUAUACACCGUUAAAGUCUAUGCUGUCAGAGAAGCAGCCAAGAGCGCUGCAACCACCACAGAGUUCACCACAGAUGUUGAUGCCCCUCAGAAUCUGGCUGCCAGUAAUAUUCAAACAGAGAGUGCCAUGUUGACAUGGAAGCCACCAAGAGCAGACAUCAGCGGGUAUAUCCUCAGCUUUGAGUCCACUGAUGGCAUUGUCAAGGAGGUCGUCCUCAGUCCCACAGCAACAUUUUACAGCAUGUCUCCGCUGACUUCCUCCACAGAGUACACAGUCAAACUGCAGGCCAUCGCUGGGCCAAAGAGAAGCAGAAUCAUCUCUACAGUCUUCACCACCAUCGGAGUGCUGUACAAGCAUCCUAAAGACUGCUCGCAGACUCUGUUAAAUGGAGAAACAACCUCAGGCCUGUACACUAUUUUCCUGCGUGGAGAUGAGACACAGCCUCUGCAGGUCUACUGUGAUAUGACCACCGAUGGAGGUGGCUGGAUUGUUUUUGUGAGACGGCAGAGCGGUAAAGUUGAGUUUUUCAGAAACUGGAAGAACUACACUGCAGGCUUCGGUGACCUGAAUGAUGAAUUCUGGUUGGGUCUCUCUAACCUCCAUAAGAUCACCUCCUCUGGGCAGUAUGAGCUGCGUGUGGACCUCAGAGAUAAGGGCGAGUCUGCGUAUGCGCAGUAUGACAAGUUUUCAGUCUCUGAACCACGCAGUCGCUACAAAGUGCAUGUUGGAGGAUACAGCGGCACUGCAGGUGACUCAAUGACGUAUCACCACGGCCGUCCAUUCUCAACCUACGAUAAUGACCACGAUAUAGCUGUCACCAACUGUGCUCUGUCUUAUAAGGGAGCUUUCUGGUACAAAAACUGUCAUCGAGUGAAUAUAAUGGGCCGAUACGGAGACAACAGUCAUAGCAAGGGUGUAAACUGGUUCCACUGGAAGGGUCAUGAGCAUUCCAUCGAGUUUGCAGAGAUGAAGAUCAGGCCCGCCAACUUCAGGAAUUUUGAGGGAAGGAGAAAGCGAUCGUAAACCAGUGCACUCCGGCUUGAACCAACCAACCAACCCUCCUCUGCUGACCAUUCGCCCCUUGUUUCUCCUGCAUAAUCUCAUCCCCUUCAUCUACCAAAGCCACUGCCAGGAGCCCAGCCUGCUCUUUACACUCUCCUAUUCAUGGAGAACAAGUACAAAAAAAUGUUUUCACCCCCUCCCUUCCCAUUCAAAGCUACAGCCCAUACACAGUUGUGUGUGUACCACUUCUGUGCACGUCAAUCUGACAGUAAACCAAUAGACUCAUAGUGAAGUGUUUAACAUUACACACUGUGCCUGUACAUCAUAAGCACACCAAAGACAGACACUCCAGUAACAUCUAUAUAAUAGGCUACAAUGCCGAUGGAGGGAAGAUUUUGAGUUUGGCUUGGUGCUAUCCAGUUAAAAAAAAUAACAAAUUAUUCUUUCUGUAUAUCCCAUACAAUUACAGUGGAGAGAGUUGAAUGUUUGUGUGUGGUAGUUUUGCAUUAGAGCCUCUUCCAUAGGCUGUGAAUUAGCCUCAAGAAUACUGUAUCCUUUAACUUCUCAAUUAGGGUGAGAGGUUUAAUGGUACAUGAUAAAAACUCAGCAUUUAAAAUGCACGACUGCAUAAAAAAUAUCUAGUGGGGAGGCUCAGAGAUUUUUUUUUAUCUCUUUCUAGUCUGUCUGUGACAAAUCUAAGUACCCAUGCUCUCUGUUUUCUCUCUCCCACAACUCGUGCAUUCAUCAGUUCUGAAGUCAAGUGGCACGUUUCUGGUACCUUUACAGUACUACUAAGUGUUAAUUUAUAUGCACCUUUCGUCGUGUUUCCUGUACCCUAUAACUAUAUUGGCAUUCAGUCAGCAUAAGAAUCUUGAAUUGUUGAUUGUUAUCCUCUAAAAGAUUGAAAUGAAACAAAAGUUAAGGCAGGACCAAUCUUCAAUCUUUGGUUUAAGUGUUCACCAGUUAUCAGCUUGUAUAACGUUCAAGAUUCAUAAAGGAAAAGUAAUGGUGAGGUUAUUGGAAUUAUUGUAAACAUAGCCUCAUAUGAAAGUUCUGUUUGCAAAAAAAGAAUUAAUAUACAGAGUAAGUCUUCGUGUUCACCCCUACCCUGCUAUCGACUAAACCACUGAACCCUAUACAAUACCUGUGUAAAUUAUGUCUUGUUUUGGUAUUUGAAUAUUUUUGUUUGUUUGUUUAUUAAAUGGGUGUACAACAGGUGUU